CAUCCGGGUGAAAGUGUCAUCUUGGUUCUUAUCGCCGUGUCCGCUCGGUGCUCGGUGUGUUUGACAACAGCGGCCAUGCCUCUGGUAGUGAUGUGCGGUUUCCCGUGUAGCGGUAAAACCCGGCGGGCGGAGGAGCUCCGGGUCUAUUUCGAACAGAACUCGAAGCUGAAGGUUCACGUCGUGGAGGACGGAGCCCUGGGCGUCGAGAAAAACACUGUCUACGCAGAUUCCCAAAAGGAAAAACACGUGCGAGCAGCUCUGAAAGCCGAAGUAGAGAGAAAAGUCAACAAGGACGACAUUGUCAUAUUGGACUCAUUGAAUUACAUAAAAGGCUACCGCUAUGAACUGUUCUGUCUCAUCAAACACACACAGACACCGCACUGCCUCGUGUACUGUUUGACGUCAGACGAACAGAGCUCCACGUGGAACACGAGUCGAGACGCUGCUGAGCAGUACACCCAGGACAUAUUAGACGCUUUAGUUCUCAGAUUUGAAGCCCCAGAUUCCAGAAACCGAUGGGACAGCCCUCUCUUCACCAUCCUUAAAGAGGACACGCUUCCGUUUGAAGCCAUCUCUGACGCGCUUUUCAAAAGAAAAGCGCCCCCACCCAACCAGUCUACUCAGAGUCAACCACUGUCCUCUGCGAACUUCCUGUAUGAGUUGGACAGGAUCACACAAGAUGUCUUAAUGGCAAUCUUUAACGCACAGAAGACGAGUGUUCCCGGGGAUCUCAUUUCAGUUCCGGGAGCUACAGAAAAGAUCGAGCUCACCAGGGGCAUCAACAUGGCAGAGCUGCGGAAACUACGGCGCCAGUUCAUCAGCUACACCAAGACGCAUCCGACAGAGAACACGGGACACAUCUCCAACAUGUUUGUGCAGUAUUUAAAUAAGAGCCUUCACUGACAUUUUAUACCACCGCCUUCUUUUUUUUAUGUGACUAAUAAAUAUAUUUUAAACAUGUA